UACAGACGCUAGGAAGUUUCAUUUCUUUGACAUGUCUCACAAGAUUUUCCUCAGCCUGUGGUUCUCAGCCCUUCUCUUGGGAACUGACAUUGAAGCAAAAGUGAAUGGCGUUCUGGGACAGUCUGUCACGUUCCAAGUGAAGUUCUCUCCACCAUUUGAUACAAUUUCCUGGACUAAAGUUGUCGGCAAUAAGUCUGAAAUUAUUGCUGUGGGGAGCUUUAAGGAGCCCUGUGACCUCCUGGUCCCCGACCCAGCCUAUCGACAGCGAGUGGACACCUCCGAGGACUGCAGAGAAUUACAUCUCCGCCACCUCAAGAAAGAGGAUGCUGGCAGAUUCACAGCAGGAAUUAUUCCACCAGGUGCAGAAAAGGUGGAUGAGUCCUUUGAUCUGCAAAUAUUUCGGCGCCUGCUGGAUUCUGAGAUGAAAGUGACCUGCGCUGAAGUUGGAAAUGGAACUUGGAAGCUGGAUUGCUCUACAGGGACUUGGGAAGAUGGGGUGAAAUUCAGUUGGCCCUCAGAUGUCCAAAGCAAGAAUCCCCCCCUUGGGAGUUCUGUGACCCUCACCUCCCACGAUCUCAAUCUCAAUGUCACCUGUGUGGCAGAAAACCCGGUUAGCAGGGCGUCCACAACAGUCUCUUUAGAGAAAGUUUGUGCUGAGGAGAAACCUGAGACGGAGGCCCCCCAAAUAAACGACAAACAACUUCCAAGCAAUCUAUGGAUCGUGGCAGUGAUUGUAGCUGUUGUCAUACUUCUGCUUGCCGUUGCUAUUCUCAUUCGUGUGCUGAUGAAGAAAGCUGCCAAGAGGAAUCAACAUAUCACAACGCGCUCAGACAUCGAAAAUUCACCUAGGAGUGAUUCCACCUUAAUAGGAAACCAGCCCAAGGAAACCAGGAGGAAGACAAAUCAGCCAGCUAGAACAGCAGCAAAGAACAUCCAGGAGAUGCCCCACACCGUUUAUGCUGCGGUGCAGCAUCCCAAACAGAAUCCUUUGCAAACAGACGAUGAGAAGAUACAGAAGGGACGGCGCAGCCACCAAAACCAGGGAGAGAAAACAAUUUAUUCGGAGAUCACCAAGGCUCAGGAGAGUGAAGACCCAAACAGCUGCAAGACCAUCUAUGAAACAGUGCAAAGUCCUCCUUCCAUCAAAUCCUCUGGCCCGUGAGCCUUUGUUUAACACACACACACACACACACCGUCUGCAAAGCCAGCAAGAGAUGCGCUCCCCACCACCAGAGCUAGGAAAUGCCUGAGCUCCUUCUCCCAAAGGCAGCCUGGAACACCUGCAGAAGAGAGAGAGAGAGAGAGAAGUGGAGAAGACAAGUCAUGGUCAUUCUAGGAUCGCCACCAACUUUCCCUCCUGGACUUCUUGGAGAGUGGGUUGGGACAACUCACCACAGCCGACUCGCUGCAGGACAACUCGCCACAGGACAAUUCAACAGAUACAAAGUCAAAUUAAUUUUGACGGAGGUACGGCUAAUAAUAAUAAAACAGUCCGUCCAGACAAAGGGGUCAUUAAACAAAACAGAAGAGUCAGUCCAGAAAAAAAGAAGAGUUACAAGAAUUUCAUCGAAAACGUGGUCACCAAUGAUAAAAGUAACGGAAUGAAAUGAUCAAUACAGUGUUGAAUUGUCCCACGGUGACUUGGCCGUGGUGAGUUGUCCUAGACCAGUGGUGGCUAACCUUUUUGGGCUCCUAUGCCAAAAAUUGUGUGUGCGCUUGCAUGCGUGCUUGUGUGCAGCAACCAGAAGUCAAUGUGCACAUCCCCCAUGCCUCCUGCAUAUACGCGCACAAUUCCCGCCGGCCCCUUAC